AUGAGGAUUCCAGUUCUUGUGAACUCGGAUGGAGUACAGGAAUGGGCGAUGAUAGAACUUCAGGGAAAGAUAUCACCUUAUGAUAAUGAUUUUGGUGAUAAAACUUUUGGUCCCUUGAAUAUUGAUGGUGAAUCAGCAACUCUUACAAUCGGAAACCAUUACUUAAAAGGAAAAGUUCACAGACUGAAAAAGCCUUUAUGCGUUAUGCGUAGAGGUUCAGAAAGCGGAAUACAAAUAGUUAGUGUUAUCAGAAAGAAAGUUAUUUUCUCAGAUCGUCCAAUUAUUCUUUUCCCAGAUAUUCCAAUUUAA